AAUGGCGUUCUCUAAAUCAGUUAUUAGAGGCCAGAUGCCCAUUAACUGUAAUUUAUGUGAAACUGAGAAGAAUAUAAAAUGGAAAUGCUUGACAUGUGGAGUUCUAAUGUGCAGUACAUGUAAAGAUAAAAUACAUCUGAGAAUAGCUAAGGAUCAUAAGGUAGUAGACAUCAAGAAUGUGGGGCUGCCUGUUGAAGGAUUGGAUUUUACAAACAUUAAAUGUCAGGAUCAUUCAGAACAAUCUUCUUGCCUUUUUUGUACAAAUUGUGACAAACUCGUUUGCCCUUCUUGCAUUGCUAAGGUUCAUAAGAAACAUGAUUUAACUGAAAUAAGUGAUGCAUAUAACUUGAAGAUAGACAUACUAAAGAAACGACAGAUUAAAUUGCAAAAAGAAAAAGAUGAAAUUACUGCGACCAAGGAUCAACUGAAUCAGUUUCAAAAUUGUGAAACUUCAAAUUAUACCAAAGUAAGCACAGAUAUUCUUAACCAUGAGAAAGUUCUGAAGGCAGCAGUUGUGAAACAUAUUGCAAAACUAAGAAAUGAGUUAGACCAGAACCAUCAAGCUUCAUCCAAAGCAAACGAAGAAGUUAUUAAUGACAUUUAUAAGAGUGAGAUACAAAUAGAUGAAAAGUAUAGCGAUGUUCAGGAUUUCAUUAAUACAACCGACAUUUCUAAAUUUUUCCAAAAUGUCAACAGAAUUGAGAAAUCAACAGAACUAUCCGUUCCUAAACCUGAAAUAUCACUUGGAUCAACACUGCAAUUUAUUCCUGGAGAGAUAACGCAGUCUAACAUUGGAGUUAUACAAAGAGUUGACAUACCAUCAGCUGAUGCAAAGGUUUCUCUUAGUUUUUUUAAUCAAUAUCAGACUAAUCUUCCUUUGAUUAGUUAUCUUUCUGCAUGUCAUGAUGAUUCACUUUGGAUAGCUUGUGAUUCAGAUGAAGUGUUACAGAAAGUAAAACCGGAAGGAACCAAUCUAAAGACAAUAUCUACCUUCAACAUCGACGUCUAUGGUAUGGCGAUAUCUAAAUCUGAUGAUCUACUUCUGGCAGUAAGUGAUAAAUCCAAACUACAAAUGAUCAGCAGUACUACUGGUAAAGUAACAGACACUGUGUAUGACAUCAAUCCUUUCAUUCCUGGAGCUAUUCAUAUCACCAGUGGUGGUCAGGUCAUAGUAGGAGGUUAUAAUGACGAAAGAGUAGCAGUGUUUGUAAUAAAUAAGAAUGGAGACCAUGAAGCUGUGUAUGAACAUGACCACCAUAAACAACCUAUAUUUAGUUAUCCGUGCAGUAUUACUACAACCAGUAAUGGAAAUAUACAGGUGGCAGACUAUGAUCCAAAUGAUCUAGGUCUAAAUGAAGACAGUGGUAAACUGGUAGUGUUAGGAAAGGCACGUGAUGUGAUAAAUAUAUAUAAAGGUGAUUCAGAAAUCAACAAGGAGGAACCAUUCAGACCAGCAGGAAUAGUAACAACACCAAGAGACAAUGUCAUUGUAGUUGAUGUUGAUACGAAUACCCUCCACAUCCUGAACAACUCUGGUCAGCUGAUUACAUACAUAAAUACAACAGACCAUGGAAUGGGUCCAAAUUCCCUUUCUUUAACUCCUACAGGACAGUUCUAUAUAGGAACUACUCUACCUGAAGACACUACAGCCAAGGAAGCCAAGCUUUAUAAAGUGAAUAUAUCAGGGUGCUGAGGUAAUCAAUAGACAAUACAUUACAAUGUUAAAUAUCAGAUUGCUUAUGAAUCCAUACUUGAAUGAAUUCUAAGAACACAAUCUGUUUGUUCACAAUACAUUUUUUAAGCACUGAAUGUAUACUUAUAAGCAGUGAAGAGUUAUAUUAAGAAAGAAAGAUCAUAUUCUUGCAUGUCUUGUGAGAACCUUCUUUCUUAUGUAUCAAAAUAUUAAUAUCAGAACUAUUUUUUUAUGUUAGUCAGUCAGACUUGUAUCCUUUGUAUUUAAAAUAUUAUUUUUCUGUGUAUAUUCAUUACUGACAUUAGCAUUAUUUUCAAAAUUUAUAUGUUAAUAUUUUUAAGAAGAUUUUUUU